AGGGUAGAUGAUUAUAGCCUACUACUCUGCUAUUGAAGCUGAUUCGGAGAGUUACAGAACCAAUAAGGGUUUGGACGUCUUCAUCUUCUUCUUCAUCGGUGUGGCUGGAAUAUUGUGACAAUGCCCUCCACCAAGAAGGCUCUGCAUUUUCUGAGUAGCGCGCUGGCUACUACGGUGUCCGUGGCGAUUUUAGGUUAUGGGAUGUCGACAGAAUGGGCCGUUUCCAAAAUGCUUUGCUCUGGAUCUGAAAACGUUUUCACCAACGGCUCCGCCAACAUAUCAUACGAGCUUUUCUAUGGGGCGAUCGCCAGAGGUUCUUGUCCGGUGUUCGGCGGCGAAAAGACCAUUCAAGUGUUUGAGAAGUUGGCAGAGACAGGUGGAGCUCCUCAGAUCCUCCAUGGCAUAGUGAUCACCCUCCUGGCCCUGUGUCUGCUCUGCUCUGCUGGCAGCAUCCUCAUCACGCUGUACAACAGCGUCAGUAACCCCUACCAGACGUACAUGGGACCCAUAGGGCUCUACACAUGCAGCUCUGGCAGUGCGUGCAUCUCCUUCCUGGUGCUCAUCCUGUACGUAGUGAACGUCCAGCUGACCGAAAUGUCUGAAGACCUGGUUAAGAACGACGUGGGAAUCGUUUCAGUCUACCUGAAGGACAAGACCUCAGAGUUCCAGGUGGGAUACUUCCUGCUGAUCCCCUACAUGGUGCUGAGUCUGCUAGCCAUCCUCCUGGUGUAUCUGUUUGAGCACGCUGCCUACACACACAGACAGGAGCAGCAGAGGCCCACGGAGGACGCCCCUAAAGAGAUCAUGAUGUAUUAAUAUAUAUAUAUAUAUAUACACACAUCAGGAUACAGAUUCAUAAGAUCCUGACUACAACAUCUCCCCAACAGACUGACACUGACACUGUGUUGAGUAGUGAAACUCAGUGUCCUUGAAAUGGGCGUGUAGGAUCCAGGACUGAUCCGAGCUCUUAUAACACAUCUCACAGGCUAAUAUAUAAUUAACUCAGAUCACCUUGUUUCAUCGUUGCUACAUUUAUUCCUCUCGCUCUCUGUUUAUAUAUUUAUGAAUAGCUGACAUUUACAAUCCACUUGAAUUCAAAAUGCUUUUUAAAAAAAAUGACACUGCCUGCUUAGUACAAUACCCUAAGGUUAAUGCUGUGUUUAGCUAAAAACAGAAGUAUACAGCAAGUUGAUUACAGUACUACAUAGUUUGUUUUGUUAAAUACCAGAAGACAAUACAUUGGUUUCUUCCAUAAAUACAUCAUAAUAUAUAUUCUCUAAAAUGUCAAUUCUAAUAAUAAACCGUGUGGAUAUUUUG